CCUCUCUCGCGCCAUCCUCCCUCCCGUCCUGUCCCCUGUCCUCUCCUUAAAACUCUCCGCCCCACGCCAGCUCUCACCGCACCGCCGCACAACCGCACCGGCAAAAGAAACCAAGGCGACACGUGCUCUGCUCCGGGACUCCGAGCCAUCCCAUUCGAUCCGUGCACCGCCGUAGCGGAGAGGAGAGGGAAGGAAGACCGAACGCCGACGAUGUAUUUCCGGCCGCCCCCCAAGGGCCCCGAGUGGGGCGGCGACGCGGAGGCCGGGCAGGCCGCGCGGCCGCUGUACCCGAUGAUGCUGGAGAGCCCGCAGCUGCGCUGGGCCUUCGUCCGCAAGGUGUACACCAUCCUCUCCAUCCAGAUGCUGCUCACCAUCGCCGUCGCCUCCGUCGUCGUCUUCGUGCGACCCGUCGCGCUCUUCUUCGUCUCCUCCCCCGCAGGCUUCGGGCUCUACAUCUUCCUCAUCAUCCUCCCGUUCAUCGUGCUGUGUCCUCUGUACUACUACUACCAGCGGCACCCGGUGAACCUGCUGCUGCUGGCGCUGUUCACGGUGGCCAUCAGCUUCGCGGUAGGGCUCACCUGCGCCUUCACCAAGGGGGAGGUGAUCCUGGAGUCGGCGAUCCUGACGGCGGUGGUGGUGGUGAGCCUGACGGCGUACACGUUCUGGGCGGCUAGGCGCGGGCACGACUUCAGCUUCCUGGGCCCGUUCCUGUUCGCGGCGGUGAUGAUCCUCAUGGUGUUCGCGCUCAUCCAGGCCUUCUUCCCGCUGGGCCGCAUCUCGCUCAUGGUCUACGGCGGGCUGGCGGCGCUCGUCUUCUGCGGCUACAUCAUCUACGACACCGACAACCUCAUCAAGCGCUACUCCUACGACGAGUACGUCUGGGCCGCCGUCGCGCUCUACCUCGACGUCAUCAACCUCUUCCUCUCCCUGCUCACCCUCUUCAGGGCAUCCGAUUCCUGAAGUGCCUGCAUCUCCUGCCGUAGCGUAGCGUAGCCACUCGUCGUAUCCUACUCCAGUAAUCCUGCCCCUGCCGUUACAUAACGAAUGUGAUUUGCUUGUGUGUGAAACAAUUUAUUGUAAAUUAGUUUUGACUUGUUUUACAUAAUUUGGUCUAUGUAACUUUGUAGUCUGCCAAUAUCAAGAUUGCUGAAUGGAAUGAAAUUCAGGAGCUGCUACUGCUA